AUGGACCAUGAAAGCCAUGUCACCCCGUCAGGAAGGGAAGAGGCAAGAUAUAAAUACAACCACCAACCAAUCGACGACAGAUACCGCUGUGACGAUCAAAACUCUCUCUCCCCAGGAGACUACCCUGAGCAGCCAUUGACAGACAAUGACCUCCAUGCCUUUGCAGCUCAAGAGUUGGAACAGCAAGUGCAUGAUCCAGCAUCUGCCGAUGCACAUGUGGUCUAUCCAGACGCGCUGCAGUUUGGGCAAGAUGACCAAACACUCGUUUCCAAUGUCACUGAUUUGCAUACUGUUGAGUACCAGAACGUGAUGUAUCCUUCCUUGUCCAAUGUCCCCGAUGAUGAGACAGUUGUGGACCCCUUCCAUCUAGCUGAGUUGGCAUCAACUGCACCUUCACCCGGUGACAGGAUCGCUUCUCCUCCUAGCAAUCAUCCUCGCCAACAACAGGUUCACCUUACAAAGCCACGCCCUCAAUUGGAGGUUCUGACAGAAGAAAUGGAAGACGGUGGCACCUCCAAGGUUUCAUCAGUUUCUGGAGAAACUGCACCUCAUGUUCCCACAGGCGGUGGAGAAUCAGCAGCCAGCAUGUAUUUGGCCAGCAAUACCUCAAUCACAAAGGAGGCCAAAAGGAUGCAUGCAGAGUCAGAUAGCCAGCAGCACCAAAUCGCCAUUUCAAACACAAAGGAAAAGCGAGAAUUUGAUAGUAUCAACAAGCCCAAGGAGCAUCCACAAGAAAAUGUGCUGCCAUCAGAGGAUGCAACAGAUGAAGACAAAGUGUCCUCGAAGACAAGCAGGGCAAUUUCCGCAUCCAUCAAUUCAGUUCUUCCCGGAGCUUUUGCGGAACAUCAACAAAAAAAGGACGCAACAGAUGAAGACAAUGUGUCCUCGAAGACAAGCAGGGCAAUUUCCGCAUCCAUCAAUUCAAGACUUCCCGGAGCUUUUGCGGAACCCGGCCGACCCAGACUUGCUGGCCAUGUUUCCACUGGCAAUGAUCGCAUGGCUAUUGGCGCAUCAAGCAAUUCAAGGCUUCCCGGAGCUUUUGUGGAAUCCGGCCGACCCAGACUUGCUGGCCCUGUUUCCACUAACAAUGAUCCCAUGGAAGAAAUCAAUCCAAGAGAAACGCCCUUGAGUGCUGAAAAGACAGUUACUGAUGAUCCAGCUUCCAGAGAAGUCAUAUUGACUGGUUGGGUUCCAGGUGCAGUUCCAAACACCAAUGACAACCAAGAAGCUUCUCACGCAAAGCCAGAAAGAAACAUGUUUGAGAGCUGGAGGAAUCUGUUCAUUGUCCUUCUUUGUCUGGUAGUUGUGCCUGCCACAUUUGGUGGUGUUUGUGGAAGUGGUUUGUGCGGUGCCCAAGGAGCAGAUACACCUACAAUGGCUCCGACCUCUGUCUACUAUUCUGAGUUACAAAUGGCAAUCUCCAAUGCGUUGGGAGAGGAUUACUUCAAUCCCAAGGACGAUGACAAAGCAGCAGUACGCUAUCAGGCCUUGGAUUGGAUUGUGAGAGACUCUGCACAGCUGCCCCUGGUUGACAACUUCGUGCAAAGGUACAUUUUGGCUGUCUUCUUGUACCAAACUUCUCAGGAACAGCUUUGGCGACGAUGCAAUGGCGAUAAUGGUGAUCUGUGCUAUGACAACGAUAGUGCCCUUCUUGGCAGAAGUUGGCUCGAUCCAGCAAGCCAUGAAUGCCAGUGGGGUGGAAUAGUCUGCGGUGAAACUAGCAGUCAAGUGAUUGGCUUGACAAUGGCCACCAACAGCUUGAAUGGGCCACUGCCAACAGAGUUGGCUCUUCUCCCCAAGUUGAGGGUCCUCAAUUUGGCCGGCAACCAACUCACAGGGCCAAUGCCAUCCGAGUUCUACAGAUUGACAGCCUUGCAGGAACUCAAUCUGAGUGGCAAUGCUCUUGGUGGCAGCAUCAGAACAGAAAUUGGACUGCUGACUAGUCUUUCCAAGCUUGAUGUGUCAAGCAAUGAUUUCGUGGGGAAGUUGCCAGAGGAGGUAUCAGCACUGACAGCUCUGUACCAGUUUGACAUCAGUAAAAACCCUGGAAUUUCUGGCAAGAUACCCCAGUCCAUGUGCGACAAUGCUUACUCUCACAUCAACAGGGAAGAUGGCAUAGAGAUCAGGGCGGACUGUGCGAAUCAGCCUUCUAUGGCAAUAAUAUCGUGCCCAGAGGGAUGCUGCACUGAAUGUUGCAGCGAAAAACUCUGUUAUCCAGCUUGAUAGUAAUGGCUUGUGGUGUGCCCAUAGGGCCGGUGAGAUGACUCACUCCUUGCGCUGCCCGAAAAUCUGCGGGCUACAAGCGUCAAUCUUGACUCAACUCGAAACUAGCUAGCAGGUUCAAGACUUUUGUUACAGGUGUUUCUUGAUCAUGGCGGUGAGUUUGUAGGAAGUUGAGCUGUGAUCAAGCAGGUAAAGCAAGCCAAAUGUACGCUGAUAAGAGUCGCAUUUAAAAAGAGUACACUGUGUUCGACUGUCUUGUUGUAUUAGUUUGGAGAAUCUUGAAGCUCUUCCAGCUGCUCGACUUUCCCACCUCCUGUGGGAUACAAUAUUAUAGCUACCGGUAUGGCCACUAUCAGAACAAGAUAAGAUUCCCCUUUGCCCAUUCCGUGUUUAGUAGGGCGACAAGUUCUGCCUACUCCGUGUCUUCUUUCUGUUUCGUUUCCUGCCAGUAGUAGGCCCCCAUGCGGAAUUUUCGUUUCGAUUCAUCCACGGCAAGUGGCCCACUCCCAUAUCUUUGGCUUGCGUUUCAGGAAGAGACCCACUGGCAAACGUUGUCCAAAUACCGACGGCCAACAAGACUACACCAAUUUCAGGAAGGGAUGUCAUUCUCCAAAAGACCGCCUGUGCCGCAUAGUCACCAAGACGUCCCACGGCAUGCGCAAUGGCAUGGCGCGACGUUCGGAUUUCCGUGGCCAAAACUUCGGCAGUGGAUAUCCACGUCGCACAAGUCCCAGUAGUAACCACCAUGCGAUUGAUAAAUGCCAGUACCAGGAGCAGAUUGUCGUAAUCACUGUCUGUGACGGGUGUAAUGAGCAAGGCAAUGCCAAGACACGAGAUGCCACCUCCUAGAUACGCCCACUGUUGGGUCAUGAUCCUCCCGUAAUCGUCAAUCGUCCACCAAGCU